UCGUAGCGAAUAUUGUAAAAGAUAGCACAAUGAAAGUAUUGAUUAUAUUGGCUACCUUGGCAGGAGUCGCAAUUGCAGUGGACUACUGUGCUUUGCCCACAUGUCUGGACAAGCACAUUGCCUGCAAUAACAAGGGAAAUUUCAGUGAAGAUUGCCCUAAGGAUGUGCGUGAAGUGAAGAUGGAGUCACAUCAGAAGUUGAUCCUCAGUCUGUUUAAUGAGCUGCGCAACAUGGUUGCUGGAGGCGGUCUCGAGGGCUUACCCAAGGCUGCUCGCAUGGCCAAGAUGACCUGGUGUGAGGAACUCGCCCAUUUGGCCUUGUUCAAUGUGGAGACCUGUCAAUCCCUUCCUGACAAAUGCCGCAGUACCGAACGCUUUGCGUACGCUGGCCAAAACAAUGCCAUUUUCAGUUACAGUGGAGCUGAGUCCGAGUAUACCGAUGCGGAGAUCAUUAAGGAACAGAUCGAGAAGUGGUUCGGAGAGCGUAGUAAUGCCUCUCCCGAAAUUCUUGCCAGUUUCCCCGAGGAUUUGCCCAACAAGAAUAUAGCCAAGUUCACAAUUGCCGUUGCCGAGAAGAAUAGCCAUUUGGGAUGCGCUGCCGUGAGAUUCUCCCGUGAUUAUUACAAUCACUUUGUGCUCACCUGUAACUUUGCUACGACGAAUGUGAUCGGUCAACCUGUUUACACUCCCGGAGAUAAGGCAACAUCGGGCUGCAAGAACCGUUAUGGUGCCGCCUUCGACUAUCCCAAUCUGUGCUACGCUAAGGAAAUCUACGAUAACGACAAGAUCAUUGCUGACAUUAGAGUGUUCUAAUUACUAUUUAAGCGAACUGGACAAAUAACCAAACAUCAAUUCAUAUAAAUAUUUAUCUAAUGGAAAUAAAGUUUUAUCGCAAGCACUAUAAA